AUGGAGGACGUCGACGCCGAAGAGGCCCGCCCCACGCUCAACACGUUUGAUUCCGGCGGCAGCACCAGCACCUCUUCCUCGCAAGAAGUGGAGCAGCACACCGACCAGGACAGCAGCAAUUCCUACAGCGAUAGCGAUGGCAUCUCCGCCCGUCAUUUUGGGAACAACUCGACCUUCGACGACUCGAGUUCGUCCCUCGGCCAUCAUUCGAGUUAUGCGUGGAAUGGAACUCCCCAAACUUCUUCUCGCUCGUCAUCCAGCAGCAACGUGGUGAAUGGUGGCGGCGCAAAUGGCAUCAAUCCAGCCUCACGACAACCAUCCCGACCGGGAACCACACGACAGCCCAGCAAUGCAUAUGCUCCCGCACGAAGACCUCAUCAGUAUUCCAUCAACACCUCCGUCUCGGGUCGCCCUCGGAACGCUUCCACCUAUCGAUCACGACGAAAUCCUGACGCCGCAUACCGAGCGCAGGAAAAGGCAUAUGUGCAGAGGAUACGGCAGGAUGUGCCCGAGAAUGAAUUCUACAUCGAACCGAGGACGCCCAGUCUGGACUACUCGUCAGGCUCAGAGUCCGAGGGAGAUUCUCCUACGGGGCCAAAUCUCGCCGAUCAUGACCCGGCCGAGGUGGAUACUCUGCUAUACUACGGAAACGAAGAUUUGGAGCCUUCGAUGGAGGAGUUGAAGAUUCCUGCGAACCGUGAGCGUUUGGAAUGGCACGCCAUGUUGGCCAACGUCCUGACCGGCGACGUGGUUAAGCAGGAGAAGAAACGAUUGAUUGGCGGUCCCGAACAGCAGGGCGACAACACCCUCCAGACUGAGGUGUGGAUUGGCGUGCGGGCAAAGACGUGUGGUCGGACGGUGGCGGCACAGAAACGCCUAAUUGAUGAUGAUCGAUCCAAGAUCAAGCAGACGAUUGAAGCGAUUGUUGCGUUUGAAAUCAAAGGAGAGGCGGAAGCGGGCAAGUCUCCGUUGGGACAAGUGCAAGAGAUUGUCAAGAAGAUUGAGAAGAUUGAAGGCUUGUAUCCCACACGGCAGGCCUUUGUGGCGGCCAACCCUCGUGCUUCUUCCGGUGCCUACAAGGAUACCUGUGAUGCUGUCAUAGCGUGGCACAACACUACGGAGCUUAUCAAUACCGAGCUGGGAGUCUUACAGAGCUGGGUUGGCAAUACUGUGCUCGACUUCACCACGCCUCGAACGAGACCAGACGGCGAGCAGGGUAACCAUUUGUUCGACGACAGCUCUUUUAUCGAUCGAAUCCUGAAGGAGGAUGGCCUGAAAUCACUACAAGGCGACAAGAGUCUUCUGAAUGGUGUCAACACGGUCAUUCAUAAAGCAAAGGCCACUCUCAUUGCCAACGCAGAGGCAUUUGCAGAUCGCCACCUACCGCCCUACAUCGAAGAACUCCUAACAUUAAUCAACUUCCCUAGUCGACUCAUUCAAGAGAUUAUCCGCAUGCGACUCUCCUACGCGAAGAAAAUGAAGGAUCAGGCCCAGCAGGGUGUCAUGACGACCGAGCAGAUGAUCCUGCAGUUUCAAAUCCUCCUUCAACUCGCCGUCAAGAUCAAGGAAUCUUACACCGUCAUUGCUCAGGUGGAACCUGGUUGGGAACUCCCAUCUUGCAUCGAUGAGAACUUUGACGUUGUCAUCCUUGAUGCUCUAAAAUUCUACUUCAAGUUGCUUAAUUGGAAGCUUUCGGCCAACAAGAACACCUUCAAGGAGGCUGAAAUUCUGGAACAAGAAUGGGACUUUUCCAACGAGCUUGGACGCUUCCUAGACGGUGGUGAUGUCGAAGUCGCAGGCCAGUUCUCCAGCUUGACUUCCAAGUCCAUGGGCCGUCUUGCCUUGCAUUUCGAAAAGGAACUGCGUCGACCUCCGGAUGAGGUCGCUGGUACUGCUGAGAUGGACAAGAGAUACAAGUCWAUCCUCGAUUCCGUUCGUGUCAGACAGCGAAAGAUCUUUCGUUUCAGCAGGCUCCUAGGACAACGGUUUGAAAACGCCGCCGAGUACAACAUCAACAUUGGCGACGAGCAACUCGACGAUCUCCUCCUCGCAUUAAGACUGUCGGGCCACUUUCUCGUCGAAAUGGAUCCCGAGAGUGCGCCACUUCUAACCGACCAGCAUGGAUCGCGAAUGUACAUCAUUGCCAGCCCAGCUCUGGCGAACCGCCCGGCAGACAUUCAGAGCAUGUUGGGAACUUGCUAUCACGCCGAAGACAGCCCCGAAGAUCCUACCAACCCCUAUGUUAUCAUCAUGCGACCUGAGAGUCCGAUCUUAUGGGACGGACCUCGUAUCGAGACGAAGCUAGGUGUCGUCGCCAAGGAAGUCCUCAAAUCACAGCAGUCAAUGGACCUCAAGRCUGGACGCCUCCGACUUGUAGCCGAUGGGAGUCAACAACGACUGGCCAAUGCCAAACAUGCAUUUGAGACGUCUACCGCGAUUGAACUCGCGGUGUUGGUUGAGCAGCGUGCCAAUCUCCCACGAGUGCAUCAAGAAUUGGCCAAGAUCCGACAAACAGCCCACAAACUCUCCAACACCAUCAUGGAUUCUGUAGCAAUCGUCCGCUCUCAGACUGAAGCAGCGGGUCGGAAAUGGGAGAGUCAGGAGCUCAUCCAGACUUGUUUCGCCUUUGCCACAGAAUUCGGUCAACGUUCUGCCAUUCACAUGGAUGUUCAAAGAAGAGCCAUCAACCAGCAUAAGCUUACCAAGCUAGCACUGGAUUGGGUAUCUUUCAUCUGUGAUGACUGCGUGGCUUCUGAUCGCAAGACAUUCCGAUGGGCUGUGGUUGCCUUGGAAUUCGCCAUGGUCAUGACGCGCGGACAGAACAUUCUUUCGAUCUCAGAUGAAGAGUACGCAGAACUGAGGAGCAAGGUGGCAGGAUGUAUGAGUCUACUCAUCUCCCACUUCGACAUCAUGGGCGCUCGUGGCAACGUUGCUGCACAGGCGGAGAAACAGCGUGCAGAUGCCAUCGGCGGCAAGCUACGACCCGACGUUGGCAAGCUCAAAGAUGACGAAGAGUCCUCACACAUAGUGCGCAUGGGCUGGCUGGACGAGCUGGAGAAGCUGGACCAAAUCCGCAAAGACCGUGAAGCAGAACGACAAGCUCUCGGCCGAGUCCUUGAGGAUAGCAACGACGCGGACCGUGCCUUGACACACUUGRGCGCUUCUGCUGGGAAUGUCCAUAUCCGCUGGCAACAAGGCCAAUUCGUCGGUGGCGGGACCUUCGGGUCUGUAUAUGCAGCUAUCAACCUCGACAGCGGACAUCUCAUGGCCGUGAAAGAGAUCCGCCUCCAAGAUCCAAAGAUGAUCCCCACCAUUGUCAGCCAGAUCCGGGAUGAGAUGAGUGUAUUGCAAGUCCUCGACCACCCCAACGUAGUCCAAUACUACGGCAUUGAACCCCACCGUGACAAGGUCUACAUUUUCAUGGAAUACUGCUCCGGAGGCUCCCUCGCUGGACUACUCGAUCACGGCCGCAUCGAAGACGAAACCGUCGUACAAGUUUACGCUCUCCAAAUGCUCGAAGGAUUAGGAUAUCUCCAUGAAGCGAACGUGGUCCAUAGAGACAUCAAACCCGACAACAUCCUCCUCGACCACAACGGUGUCAUCAAAUUCGUGGAUUUCGGCGCGGCCAAAGUGAUUGCCAAACAGGGCAAAACCGUCGUUGCAGGUCCCUCCUCCGAAGGUGGUGGAGCUGCAGGAGCAAACCACCAUGCAGGAACAGCAGCUCAAGGAACACCAAUGUACAUGUCCCCCGAAGUGAUCAAAGGCGGACCGCACAAUAAAUCGGCCCGUCUCGGCGCCGCAGACAUCUGGUCCUUGGGAUGCGUUAUAAGCGAAAUGUGCACGGGCUCCCGACCCUGGACGAACAUGGACAAUGAUUUCGCCAUCAUGUAUAAUAUCGCCAAUGGGAAUAGUCCGAGCUUACCGGGCAGAGAACAGUUGAGUGCGGUUGGGCUGGAUUUCUUGAAGAGGUGUUUUGAGAGGGAUCCGGGGAAGAGSGCAAGUGCCGCGGAACUUUUGCAACAUGAGUGGAUUCAGGGGAUCAAAGUGCAGUUGAGUCUGGAGCAGCCACAGACUCCUGUUAGUGGAGGGAGUGGGUUGGUUACGCCCGGUGUUGGGAGGGAUGGAGAGUUUGGGGGGAGUGGAAUGUUUACGCCUAGAGGGGAGUGA